AUGGAGUCCUCUCCCGAAAUGCAAGCGCUUAUCCGCCUCACCCCAGAAGAGCGAACCUUGAUGCGCACGCCCGGAAAACGUUUCAAUAUAGCAAGAAAAAGGCCAGAAGAAGAACCUCCUAAGCCUCUUGACGACUUCUUCACGCAGGGGUAUCCCCAGUUUAACUUCGUCGCCAGCGCCUCGCCCGAAUCUCAGUGGAAACGACUUGCCCUGUCCGAGCAAUGGUCGCCCGGCAGCCACGAUUAUGCCUCCGCCCGCGCACGAUUCGAGGCCGCCUAUGAUAACCAGUUCAACACGGCAAUAGAUGGCUUUUUCAACCAUUUCGUUGAUUUUGAUUACAACCCGCGUGCCGAGGCCAAAGCAGAAUUCGAACGGCUGCGUCAGAGCAAGCGGUGGUUUGACGAUGGGCAGAAGAAUUUGAACGGCUGGUACAAAUGGGUGGAAUAUAGGAGGGCUCGCGUGAGGUUUUUUAACGCAUUCCGGGACGACUUUUCGUGCUUCUUUGGAAGCGGCGAUGAUGUACGGGAUUGGGUGUUCUUGUGCGACAUUUUGCGUGUUAAGCCCACGCCGAGGACUAUCGAGCACUGCAAAGCUGUAUAUACCCCCCCUCUGAUCCCUCUCUGA